GAAUCCAUUUUAUUGACUGCUUAAGAAAAAAAAACCCAUGUCUUCUGCAGGAAACAUGAUCGAAUGAUGGCGUAUUUUUGCCCUCUUAUUUUUCUAGCCUUUAGUUUACAGUCAGGAAGUUCCAAUAUGAAUUCUCUCCCUGGUAAAUGUGACCAGGUCAUUACUACACACUGUGACAUAGACUGCAGGCAAAUCGACUCCGUGACUGGCUGCGUUACAUGCAAGUCUGGAUGUCGAAACAACAUUCAAGCGACAUCUAGUGGUGGAUCCUCUCUUUCGUCAAUGUCCACCACAGCAUCGCCGAUGUGUCCAGCGUUUCCAAGCACCUGUCCACGAGGUAGUGUGGCCUUAGUUAAUGGAUGCCCUAUUUGUACAGCCUUCCUGUUUACAAUUACUAAAAACACCGCUUUGGGGUCAUGUCAACCGAAUUUUCUCUGUCCUCCAAUGUGUUUGAAAAAGACGACUUCCGGUUGUGAUUGUGACUGUAGUAACAUGGACCCUUCACAUCCGGGGAAUCUCGGAGGGAAUCCCAACCAACAGAUGAAUUCAGGAGGUCAAGUAACGCUGAUAGGCACUGGUUGCAACACAAACUGGAUGAAUUGUCGGUCACCGUGCGCAGCAGCUGUCAACCCCACUUCCGGUUGUGUAGAGUGCAACUGUCCCCAAAUCAUGACAUCAUCGCCGGUUACACAAUCACAGCCAGUUACGACGUCAUACAGAAGCACCGCUUCACAGUCACCCAAAUCAUCAACGAUUACAUCAGCUGCAACGACGAAAGGAACUACCUCACGUGUAUCUAGUAAAAUGACGUCACGGACACCUUCUACAACUACCACAACACAAUCAUUUACAACGUCACAAAAGACAACUACGUCACAACCCACUACCACGAAAAUCACAACACAAUCGACGACACAGACCCUUUCUUCGAAAAGAAUCUCAACCACUGCAGCGCCGCCUUUCGCUGUCUCGUCAGCUUCUUCAACUAAAACUACCAAUUCCUGUCCUGGCGCUAUACAGUGUAUUCUAGGCUGUAAGAAUGGAUUCGUGAUCGAUCCUAUACCAGGUCCCGAUGGUUGUCCUAGCUGUUCAUGUAAAACGGUUCCAACAACUCUGAAGACGACUUUGUCCACAACAUCAUUUAAGCCCAUCAGUUUCCCAGCCCACUUCACGAUCUCGCCGUCAGUGACCACGCCCACCACCAUGACACGCCCACCUAGCAGUACUCUACGGAGAAUCAUUUGUCCGGGGGUGUUCAACUGCUCUAAGACCUGUUACACUGGAUACCGCCUCGACUCUCAGGGGUGUCCGCUAUGUGAAUGUGCACCACAACCAACAGGGCUGCCGUGA